AUGUCGAUGGCUCAUUUCCUCCUCAUUUUAGCAUCCCUUUCUUGGGUUUCGUCACAGCUUACCUCGCCACAGAUUAAUAGCCAGUGGUACAAAGAUGGCGAGAAUGUCCUGAAGCAAAAACUCAAUGCCAAAAAUAUUGAAAAAACUGGCAAGAAUGCCAUUUUAUUCAUUGGAGAUGGAAUGAGUAUUCCAACUGAGGUAUGUGCGCGUAUAUUUCAAGGCCAAAAGAGAGGCCAGACAGGCGAAGAAAACAAUUUAAGUUGGCAACUCUUUCCUAAUGUUGGUUUAUCUAAAACUUAUAGCGUGGAUUUUCAGGUACCUGACUCAGCUGCUACUGCUACAGCGUUUUUAAGUGGUGUUAAAACAAAUGAUGGUGUUCUUGGCUUAAAUCAGAAUGGUAUUAAAGGCCAAUGCGCAUCGGAAAAAAAUAAUCAUGUCAAUUCGUUAGUUGCUAUAGCUGAAGAGCUCGGUAUGUCGACUGGAAUUAUUACCACUGCUCGAGUAACUCAUGCAACACCUGGUGCUGCUUAUUCACAUUGCGCUAGUCGUAAUUGGGAAGCCAACAUUCCUUCAAGUCAAGCUGGUCUGGGCUGUAAGGAUAUUGCGACGCAAUUACUUGAUGCGUAUAAUAUUGGCGAUGGUUUUGAAGUGGUUAUGGGUGGUGGAAGGUGUAAUUUCCACUCUAUUAACACUACCGAUCCUGAAUAUACUACAUUCAAAGGGUGUCGAUUCGAUGGAAAAGAUUUAAUACAAGAAUGGAAGAAUAAGAAAUUAUCCAAUUCGGCUUAUGUUUGGAACUUGACCGCAUUCAACGCUAUUGACCCUAACAAAACCGAUCAUCUUUUAGGCUUAUUCGAUCCUAGCCACAUGAAAUAUGAUGCUGAUCGACUUACCGAUAAAGCUGGUGAGCCAUCCAUUGCUCAAAUGACUGAAAAAGCUAUCCAAAUUUUGCAAAGAAAUCCCAAAGGAUACUUUCUUUUUGUCGAAGGUGGUCGUAUUGAUCAUUCACACCAUUCCGGAGUAGCUUAUGGCGCUAUUACUGAUACAAUUGCUAUGGCUGAUGCUGUUCAAAAAGCUGUCGCCAUGACUAAUCCACAAGAGACAUUAAUUGUAGUUACAGCUGACCAUGGGCAUACCUUAAGUAUGAGCGGCUAUCCGAAAAGGGGCAAUCCUAUUUUAGGUCUUGUUGAUGGAGCGCCAUCACUUGACGGCAAGCCAUAUACAACGAUAAACUAUGCUAAUGGCCCUGGGGCUAUAAAAGAUGGCGAACUACGCCCUAAUCUGACUGGAGUUGAUGUUCAAGCUCGAUUACAUGAGCAACAGGCAAUCUUCCCUAUAAUUUAUGAAACUCAUGAUGGUGCUGAUGUUGGUAUUUAUUCACAAGGGCCAUUCGCUCAUUUAUUAACUGGUGUAGUCGAACAAAGUUACAUAUUUCACGCUAUGAAGCAUGCUCUAUGCUUGGGUCCAAACUCCAAUGUUCCUAAUUGCCAACGAUUUGUGACGCGUGGUAGUGCUGUUUCUUCUGUUGCUAGUAAUAUGUUAUUGCUAGUUAUCAUGCUUUGCUUGGUGAAGUUCCUGCAGUAA